UGUACCUUUGGUACCAGAGCCAAAUAACGGAUCUUAUAACCGGACUUGUGUUAAACGUGAUUUCGUACUUUUACAAUACAUUAGUUUCCCGAUCUAAUAAAAUAAGUGUUCGUUUUAAUUUUUAACACAAAAUAAACAACAGCUCUGUAAAGGGAUCAAUGCAAAUGGCUGAAGCUAAGCAAGAAAAUGGCGCUGGCGCCGUGAAAAUUGCCACAAAAGCGGGACUGGGACCCGAGCAACCCGCGCGCCAUCUCCUAGCCCUGCACAAGGAGGAGCAGGUGGAAGAGGUGCUGACCCCCGCGGAAAAGGGAAAGUUCGAGUAUCCCCCGCCGCCACCGCCACCGACUCCUGUGCAGGCCCCGCCGCCCGCCAAAGCAGACGCCCUGCCAGUGGAUCCGUUAGAACAUGACGACGACGAGACGAAUUCGGAGAAGUGGGAGGAUCCCUGCGCACCACCACCACCACCACCGCUGCCUACCAAUGCUUUCCUGUCUACAGGGCUCGGCUACCUGAAGCUGCCCGCUUUUAAGCUAAAGGAUGCUCUCGAGAAGGCCAUAACUAAGCUCGAGGCCAACAGACGAUUUCCGAAAAUUAGCAGCCGUGAGUCUUCCCCUUAUUUCUCGGAAAACGCCGCCAAUGUGGAGAUCUUGGAAAUGCUGCCUAGAUAUUCUAGUCUGGAAAAAGUAGGCGAUAGUCCUUUGAUGAUGCCCUCCAUGUCCAUGGCCCUGAUUUUGCACCCCAAGACCAAGAAGCCGGCUGUGAUUGUACAAUUGGAGAGGCGUCUGAAGAUCGUCUAUCGGCUGGCCAAACUGAAUCGAGUCCUGACUUCCAUUUCACAAGAGGCCAUACCGAUGCAUGGCGCGAUGACGCCGGCUGCUUCAAAGACCCACGAAGACGAGGGCCUAACUCUGCAGGUACUCUCGGCUCGGGCAUCUACGCCAUAUACGCAGCCCUCCAGUAUGUUGUCGUGCACGGCAGUGAGCUGUGAUUUGGAGCAGGAUUCACCGAAGAAGCAGCUAAUGGCAGGCAAGGAGGCCCAUUCAGCAGCUCUACUCCAGGAUCAGCAUGCGCAACAGCUGCAGCAGAAGCGAGCACCCGGCGCGGCCAUGCACAAGCUCCCGGGCAUACGAGCUCCCAAAGUUGCUCGCCCUCCUUCGGUCGGUACAGCAAGCAGCAACCCCAAUAAGCAUUAUGCACGUUCUCACUUGCUGGAGAUUCGCAACGGGAUGUUCAAUGCCUUAAUGCACCGAUCCAAGGAGAGCUUUGUAAUGCCCCGCAUCGCCACCUGCGAUGAUAUCGAAUUGGAGGCCCGCUUGCGGCGCAUGAAUCUGUGGCGUAUUUCGGACGGCACUCGCUUCAGGACUCGGUCCAGCAGCAACGGCUUGGGCAUUAACAACAAUAACAACGAAUGCAUGCCAGCCUUUUACAAGAACAAAACCAAGCCACAAAUGAUCAGUGACGAGUCUAUCAUCCAGAGUCAGCCACCUCAGCCGCAAACGGAAUUCCAGGAUCCAGCUAUUGUCAACCAAAGACGAAUCGGAAGCGGACGCUUUAGCCAUUCUAAAUGGGGACCCAACGGUGGCGAUUACCACCAUUCUAUGACUUCGUACAACAGUAACCCUCAAAUUGAUGAGCCGAAGACCAAGCAUCAGAGCGGCAACAGCAACAUGACGGUCCUUCAAUUCUUUGAUAAUGGUGAUAUAAGCAGCAGCCAGAUGGGGAGACCGAACACUCCAGUCAUGGGCAUGUCCAACAAUAAUCGCGGGGAGAACGAGACGCUAAAAUCCAAUGAGUCCACCGAAGACUUGAGCCGUGCUAAUGAGAACUAUGUAAAGCGCGUUAUGUCCGGCUUCCUGGUUGUGUCAAAGCCAAAAUCCCGGGAUAUGGAAGAGAAGCAUCAUCGCCGGUACAGGAACCAGAGCGAAGAGCCGGAGUGGUUUAGCUGCGGUCCGACCUCCAGGUUGGAUACCAUCGAGCUGUGCGGCUUUGAUGAGGACGAAGAGAGGAUGCUCAAGGAAGGGGGUGAUAGAGAAGUGGAGCGAGAGAAGGCGCAAAAGCAUAAAGUGGAUAACAACAAGUACAAGUGGGCGCCAUCAGAGCACAUGGCGCGUCAUAAAUUCAUGCCCAAGUACGACAGCAACAAUAACCAGAAUGUAGAGAAUAUGAACAAAGUUCCAGCUACUGGCGAUCAUUAUCAUCACCAGAAAGAGGACAAACGUUCCGGUGGCAUACGCUCAUUUCAGUUUGAUAAAUUCAAUCAAAAUCAGCAGACCUUUGAUAAUGGCAAUGUAAAUCAGCAACAGCAGCAAACAAAUCCAAAUAAUUCCAAAUUAAUGUCGUUCUUUUCCCGGGAGAGGAACUCAUCCUCAUCAUCCCUUAACGAGUUCUUCAAACAAGCGAUGAACAACCAAGGACAUUCCAACAAUAUUUUAGACCAGCAGCCAAAAUCGUUGGGACAAAUGAGCCAUGAGAUACCAUCGGUUGAGCAGUUAGAGGCCAAAUGGCGUCGCAACUCGCUAACCUCUGGCGCGGAGUCUGUUCACAAGCAUAAUAAUGAUAACUUCCAAAAGCUGAUUGGCUCUCUCAGCGCCACUAAGCCGCAGCAGGCUGUACAGUCGCAACCAGUUGUUGGCAAUGAUGCCAUAUCCAACUUUAUCAUCCAGCAGCAGCAGUACCAACAACAGCAGCAGAAGCAGCAUGUCCUGAUCCAGCAACAGCAACAACAGACCGCAUUUUUGGCGGGACUACAGCUAAAGGCGAUCCUGGGCAGGGCCGACACCCAAUUGCUCCUUUUGCGUCUGACCAAAGGUGAGAUUUCGAAGCACGGACUAUUAGUACAGUUGGCCAAUCCACGCCUGCCGAGCAUGGACCGAGAGGCCAUUACAGCGGUGCUGCAGUUCACCAACACCCAACAACAACAGCAGCAGCAUCAACAGCAGCUGGAUAUGCUCUCGAGCACCGUCAUUGCUAGCCAGUUGCAGAAUCUGCACAACCUGGCUAUUGUACAACAAACGUUGGCUGCAAGGCAACAGCAACAACAGCAGCAGACGCCCCAACAAUUGUCGCAAGAGGAUCUUCAGGCCCAUGCCAAUGUCAUAAUGCGAAAUGCUGUGAUGAAGCGCAAGAUGGAAGAGCAGACUUCAAAGUUGAUUAAUGGCGGUGGUGCCAAGCAGCAACUAUCUCGUGGCGGACAGCAGCAGCAGCAACAACGCCAUGCUGUUCGACAGGAUGCCGUGGCAUCCAAUGCUCUCUUGCAGGCCCUGAUUUCUGGCACUGGCAGCAACCAAGCUGCUGGUCAUCUCGCGGCACCGGGACAGCAGCAGGUUCAUCGUCGUGGCGCUGCUGCUGAUACAAGCUUGCGAUUUGCAGAAAACCAACAUUUCCAAUCCGCUGCUGAUCCCAGUCAGCCUCACUUCCAAUCGCAAUACAAGCAGUAUCAGCAACAGCAACCGAUAAUUCGUCAGCAAAACAACAACAAUGGAGGCGGAAACAAUAACUUCAACAAGUCGCAAAUGCAGACCCAAUCGACGAUUGCAUUGCUACCUAAUGGCGGAGAUGAGUUUCAUUAACGGCCUUAAGAAGUUCGCUACAACGACUGUCGGUCUAAUGGCCAUCGGC